AUGAUGCUUUACGAGCCUGAGCUUAGACUUAGAGACACACCGGCUGAAAUCAGAAUUGCAGAACCAGGUGCUACUGAACUAACUGUCUUUGAGGUUUCAAUUUGGUUAUUUGCGGAUGCUAAAGCUCCUACCGAUUUCACUGUUGUCAAUUCAUUGGUGCUACUGGAGGUGACAGAAAUAGGGCUUGGAAGGCCUGAGCAUGGAGAUGCGAGUGCGACACACACAUAUAUUGGUGAUGAAGGAAGGAGAGGAGUUUCAGGUGGGGAAAGGCGAAGGGUGUCUAUAGGAAUUGAUAUAAUUCACAAGCCAUCACUGCUGUUCCUUGAUGAACCCACCUCAGGUCUUGAUUCUACAAGUGCUUUUAGUGUGGUGGAAAAGGUGAAGGACAUAGCUAGGGGUGGCAGUAUUGUCUUGAUGACCAUCCACCAGCCUUCUUACAGGAUUCAAAUGCUCUUGGACCGCAUCACAAUUCUUGCAAGGGGAAAUCUGAUAUAUAUGGGAAGUCCAGGUGCUCUUCCUGCUCAUCUCUCAGGAUUUGGAAGGCCCGUUCCUGAUGGUGAAAACAGCCUGGAGUAUCUUCUUGAUGUAAUCAAAGAGUAUGAUGAGUCCACUAUUGGACUUGAGCCUCUUGUUCUUUACCAAAGAGAUGGAAUCAAACCGGAUCCAGUUGCCAGGACGCCUAUUCCCAAGACACCAAAGACCCCAAAAACGCCAAGAACUCCAUAUAUGAAUACCCCUGGAUCCAAGCAUGCACUUAGCCUUCGGAGCCAAGCAUUUUCAAUUAAUGGAAAUAUGACAUCUAGAACUGACUCUGUACAAUUUGAUUUUGAUGAUGAUGACGGUGAUAACUUUGAUAAUUCCCUUGAGCGUAGAACUAUGCCUACGCCAAUGCAUAAGCAAAGUGGUGUCUAUCAACCACGUUUGGCAUCACAGUUCUACAAAGAUUUUUCAGUCUGGCUCUACCAUGGUGUCAAGGGAACUCCCCGCCGUGCACCCUCUUGGACUCCCGCUAGAACUCCAGGAACGACUCCAGGAAAAUCGCAAAUUUCUGGAGCAAGAAGCCAAGUCUCAAGCCGGUAUACAACCCCACAACAGAUCCCUUCUCGCCCAAAAACUCCAGUGGUCUUUAGCUCCUCAGUGGAGGACUCAUAUGCUGCUUCUUAUGAGGAUUUUGACAUGGAAGAAGAAGAAGUGCUUGAUGAGCCAGCACACGGUCCUAAAUUUGCUAACCCAUGGCUCCGAGAGGUUGCAGUUCCCUCAUGGCGCACAGCACUCAAUGUUGUUCGCACUUCUGAGCUUUUCCUGUCGAGAGAAAUCGUACUAACUGUUAUGGCACUAAUUCUUUCCUCACUUUUCAAGAACCUGAGUGAACCAAUAUUCAAAACAGUGAACCGGCUUCUGAAUUUCUACAUCUUUGCAGUUUGCCUGGUUUUCUUUUCAUCCAAUGAUGCUGUCCCAACAUUCAUCCAGGAAAGAUUCAUCUUCAUCAGAGAAACUUCCCACAACGCAUACCGUGCUUCCUCUUAUGUCAUCUCCUCUCUUAUAGUUUAUCUCCCAUUUUUUUCCAUUCAAGGUUUAAUUGCUGCCAUAACCAGAUUCCUGCUGCAUCUGAAAAGCAGUCUCUUAAACUUUUGGAUAAUACUCUACGCUUCUCUAGUUACUACGAAUGCUUAUGUUAUGCUUGUUAGUGCACUUGUCCCCAGUUACAUCACAGGCUAUGCAGUUGUGAUAGCAACCACAGCACUUUUCUUCCUGACUUGUGGGUUCUUCCUGAAGAACCAGAUACCAGUCUACUGGAGGUGGCUGCAUUAUAUAUCUGCAAUCAAAUAUCCAUUUGAAGCGAUGUUAUCAAAUGAGUUCAAGGGAACAAGAUGCUAUAAUGGGGCUCCUGCAGACCUUUCACCUGGUCCUCUAGGAGAUAUCAAACCUAGCAAACUGCAUACUAGUUACACAAAUGGAACGACGUGCCCGUUGAUAGGAGAAGAUAUUCUAACCACAAUGGAUAUUAAGAUGGACAAUCUUUGGUAUGACAUUGCAAUCUUGCUAGCUUGGGGAGUUCUUUACAGGCUCUUCUUCUACGUGGUUCUCAGAUUUUAUUCCAAGAAUGAGAGGAAAUAAAUAUCCUCUUUGCAUUUGCUUCUCUUUCAAAUCCAAGUUUGUCGGCUAAGUGAAGACAGUAUCCAUACAUAUAGAUGU